AUGUUUGGUGAUCAAGACCUGGGAUUUUUUGCCAAUUUUCUUGGCAUCUUGAUAUUUGUUCUGGUGAUAGGUUACCUUUUUGUGAUGGCUGGCCUAAAAUAUGAAGGCAACUGA